GUUGAGACAUUUUAUGAGAGAACUUCAACAGUUAUGUAUUAAAUCUUCAGAAACGUGAAAAGUUGAAAGGGACCACACUAUAUCUGCAGUGCAUUGGCCUGAAAAUAUGGAAAUUCCUGCCGUAAACCUCAAGGUAAAGUCGGUUGUUAACAUGUUUGCAAUAGUUGUCAGUCAUACAAUGCUGACUUUAUUUACGCUGCUCUUACUUGAUACGCAUUUCGACAGUAUUAACAUUAUUUUUAUUUUAUCAAAGUGUCACGUUACAGGAACACAAGCUCUCUGUCAUUGUAGACUAAAAAAUAGCAAUUGUGUAACAUUCUUCUCCCUAUCAUGCGUGAAAUGACUCAGUCAGAGCUUAUCACGAGAUGCUGAGUUCGUGGUUAAACUUCUCCAAUCAAUUCAAAUUCUUAAUUUAUUGUGAAUCACUGAUCGUUUAAUGAAAUGUCAGGCAUCCGUCAUCAAUUCAAGUGGAGUUGACGCAAAUUCCCUCUCAUUGGUUACCAAAAAAUUUAAAAUCACGUGUGUGAUGUUGUCUUUCUUUGUCCCCACAGGCCAUAGUACUAGUGCACUGGCUACUAACCAUCUGGUGAGUGAGUGAGUGAGUGAGUGGGUGGGUUGGUUGGCUCCUCUCAAGGGUUUUUCAUACACCUGUGGAAUUUCGCUUGUUGCUGACUCCAAUUUAGGACAGUGGUCUGCAUGGUUCACUUGUGUUGUGUUUUCUCUAUGGAUGGCUGCACACACAUAAUGCCCUACCUGAAGACUUCAUAUAGUCAGUCAGUCACACAAGAGGCGGUCUUUAACCACAGGCUGAUAAUGGACCAUUUCUCACCUACAUGCUUUGGCUCCAGAAUUUGUCAAAUACAAUUGUCAAUCUGGAGAUUUAUAUUAGGCCUACUCUUUUUGAGACUCUAGUUGACUCUUUUUGAGACAAAUGUUGAACAUUUGGAAGCAUUUGUAAGUGUCUGUUGGUAUUUCUGACUGCAUGUGUGUGGUUCCUAGGGGCUGCAUGGCCUGGCUGCCCCCCUCCUAUGCCUGGGGGAACUUCAGUGUCCUGGCUGUGGGUGUGUGGGCCAUCGCUCAGAGGGACUCCAUCGAUGCUGUACUUAUGGUGAAUCACUGCCUCAUACUCCUGUACUAUCUCAGACAGAAAAUGCCAAAGAAUAGCCCGCAAUUACACACAACAUUACAUAAAAUGACAUCGGAGCUCCAGACCGCCCACACUAGUCGCCGCUCAACACUGUAGUAAAUCAUGGAGUUGAGUUUAGUCGGCUAGCUAUCAAUAAGAAUCAUCCUACCUCAUCAGGCUCUUAUACGCAUUUGUCUUGUUUCUCCAUCUGCAUUUCUCUUCCAGUUUCUGAUUGGGAUUGCAGUGACGAUACUGACGGACAUCAUCCAUCUUGGGAUUUUCUACCCGCUGGCCGAGGGUCUAGCGGAGAGGAACAGGGACACAUUCCGCUUCAGUGCGGGCAUGGCCAUCCUGGGUCUGCUACUCAAACCUGUCUCCUGCUUCUUCAUCUACCAAAUGUACAGAGAGCGUGGAGGAGAUUACAAUGUCAACUUUGGUGAGUAUGACUAGGUGUGAGUAGAGGCAGCAGGCGUUAACCAUUAGCUUACAGUAAAGCUAGUUACUCACUGUCACUUCUAAUGGUAAAAAUAAGGUUUUGGGGUUUGUAGAACUAGUCUCAGACAAAGGACUAUCCCUGGACUGGUCUGGACAAAGUCCGAAGCAUGGUGCUAUGUGAUGCAUGUGCUUUGGAUAGUGAUAUCAUCCUAGUGCCAAGGAGUUGUUGAGAGGAAAUAACAUUCUCCAGGCUGUAAUCUUGCCUGGGCUGUUUCAUGUUGUUGGCCAUGAGAGGAUUGUAGUGCACAGGCUGGCUGCUCAGAGCCUUUGUGUAAAACCGUACUGCAGGCAGAUCAAACCAGAGUCAUGCUAAUUGAGUUACAGAGACGGUCACAAGACCAAUGCGCCUGAGACACCCACUAACUAGUGGACCAGCCUAGCCAGGUCACAUUUAUAUAAUCGAUUAGCAAAAUAAUCUGAUUGGAGUUCCUCUGUCUUGCCCAGUUAAUUGGAAGAAUACAGUAUAAAAUAAAGGACAAUUAGACAGUAGAAUCUAUAAUGGCAGUGGCAGAACCCGUUCCCUUCUCAACUUGAUCUAAGUCAAACUGAGAUGUUAGCACAACACAAGUCCUGGGUGUUUUUGCAGAGGUUUGGUGACUGUUCUCAAAAAACUUACUGGAACAGGAAUGGCAUGUUAAGUUGCCCCAUAGAAAAGUAGGACAUGCCUGAAAUCCAUUUGAAUGGUGUGUUCAUACUAGAUGAUUUGAUGGUUCUGUCAGGCUUUGUUACCCAGAGUAGACAAAGAUAUGUUUUGUCAAAAGUUGUAUAAGUUGAGCAACCCAAUUUGUCUCCCUUGUUUAUUCAAAUAAGUAUAGACCAUUAAUGAAGUUGACUUUUCUGUGGUAAAAUGUAAUGAUGCACAGCAGGUACAUGUGACUUUGAUUGGAAACUAGGUGAUUAAUGUAGUUAAUUUUCUAAGUUUUUAAGGUUUCUUUUAAAUGCUCUCUGAUUGCUUGACAUUUGGGGGGGGGGGAUCAAGGUGGCGUCAUGCAGUGCUAUACACCAAGGACAAGGCAAUCAGGUGUGUCGAUUUAAAACCAUUUAACGCUGAUAAGUAUGUGACUGCAUGUGUGUGGUUACAAGAAUAUUAAAGGUAGACUCCGCGAAAUGACAUUGCCAUCAGCAGCACUGCAGAUAUUGAGACUAGAUGCAAGACUUCGCCCUCACACAGUCACACAGUAUAUGCGCAUGUGCACGGGUUCGCUUCACGCUGUUCACAGCGUGGUAGCCUGGGCACCAAAACAGCGGAGAGGUUGAACCUCGCACUUCAACGCUCUGUUGUUGCGGAAAUUGACCGACUAUGCUGUUUACUUGCUACAUCUACGUCAUAUCUGAGUCUAACUUUGUCAGGGCACAAAACCCUGUUCUAGUCGACUUUCGUCAUCCCAUACCAAACAUCCAAUUGUCACCAGUUCCUUUUCACUAAACCUCAUUCUGUCGCACUACUAGUGAUUGAAUGUUGUCUUUAGCUUUCUGUCUGUGAGUGGAAACAAUCCUCUGUCUUGUCUGUUGUGUCUCUGUUCUGACCCUGUUUGCAUUUUGUCUCCAUCUGUCCCCCCUCUGCUGCUUGCCUCUGACCCCUCAGACUUAGACACCUCAGUGGACAGUCGCUGCACCACGGAUAGUGCCGACAGUGCCUUUAUCGGCCGCCGCUACUGAUCCUCAUCCUCUUCUGUUUCAUCAUUCCUUUAGUUCCAUCAUCCUCUCCUCCAUCCUCUCCUCCCCUCACACAGGACGUAAGGGAAACUGCUGGGCUGAAGAACUACAGGCUGUCCACUCUUUUAUCUCUUGCCACAUGACUCUAGUAUCUGUAUUCUGUGCUCAUGUCUCUUCUCAUCAUCCUUAUCUGCCAAUCACACAUCAUAUCUGCUUGUCACUCCUUCCUAUCUAAAUACUGAAGGUGACAUCUGUUUCACUCCAUGAAAAUGAUAUUUACAUAUUCUUGCUUGAUGUUUGUGCUUUUGUUUGAUUUAAUGUUUGUGUUUUUGUGACUUUGUAAGACUACGAAGUAGUAAGAAUAUUGUGGACUGCAUCUGUAUUUAUCAGAAUAGCUAAGAAUAAGGUUGAUCAUUUAAGGUCAUAAAUGGAUGAUUGGAGAUUUUAACACAACUUUGUGCACUUAAAUAUUGCAGUAUUAGACUUUAGAAAAUUAAUUUAUGCAGACAUUUUAAAGUUAUAUUUUUAAUAAAUGCUAUUUAAGUGAAAAUGCUCAAUCUAUUUUUGCGUCAGUGUUUUCGUUAUCUGAUUUUCAUUAUACAUAUUGUGGUUGAACGCGAAGGUUGGCUCUUAUAUGAUAGAAUUGAGUGCUUGACGUGAUCAAUGUUCCCAGGUUUGGUUUUAGGCAGCCAUUGGUAUUCUGUCUCAGUGACCGUACAGGACUGGGUGACUGUUCAGUAUGCACUAGUGCUUCAUCAUGAGUGAAUAUUGCAGCCUGCAGCAUUAUCCCCACAUAUUGCCUCUUCAAAAGUGUGUUGUAAAUCAUUUGUUUGAGAUGUGGUGUUUGUAGGGACUCUCAGAUACAGGGUUUUCAGUGUAAACAAUUCCCAAGGAGUUUGGCUUUGUAGAUAUUCAUUCCUUUAUCUCCUGGGUAGUGUUCUGUUCCUCACUUUUCAUUCUCUAUCAUUUGACUGUGGGUCACCUGACUGUGGUAGGUCUAACAUAGAGCGAUGAUGUGUGUGUGAGUCCUGCAGAUUGGUCUCAUUGAAUGUAAUUAAUCAAAUGUAAUUUGCUGUUUUCUGGAUGAACUUUCAACCUUAACAUGAAGGUUGAUGUUGGGUUUUAUGUUGAAUCAAUGAUAAAAACAUUUUACAGUUUAAUGUUCUGUGUAUCAGCUCUAUGUUGAAAAUAUCUGUCUUGUCUCUACACAGCAGGCUUCCCCAGUGUAACACGAAACAGAGAUGCUUACCAGUCCAUUGACCAGCAGGAUCAGUCCACCAGCUCAGCCAACCCCUUCAACCAGGCCGAGGCCACAAAGCCUGGAGCACCACGCUCCUACUGAGAUGCAGCACUCACUUUAUUCUCUUGGAAAUGCAUGGUGUCAUGAAGGAAUCCAUCACAUCCAUAAUGUUUUUGUAAAAAAAUUUGUUUUUUCCUUUCAUAUGGGUAUUUGUGAACUGCAAAAGUCCUUUGUCGAUUGUCCUGAAAUUUAUUCAAUCCCUUACCAAAAAUGCCCUGUUCUAAAUACUCACUGUCAUGGUAAAAUAAUAUGAUUUGCUUACUGUAUGCUUGAUGCUCAGGAUAAUGGCACAUACACUAGAAUAUGGAUAGAACCUGAAAUACCUUGGACACAAGCCCAACACUAAAAUGAUAGAUGUGAUGACGUUUUUGAUUUUUAUGGUGCAGUAACACUGGGAUAAUAAUGUAGAAAAUACAGUUUUACAAAAUUAUACAGCCAAGUUUGCCUGCCCUCUUACCAAUAUCUACCCUGUCCUAAAUGCUACUAUAUUUCUUACUUUGUGACUUUAUUUAAAAGAUGCCUGAUGUAAGAUCUGUGUUGUCCUAACCCUGAAAGAUGGACAUGAGUGGUUACAACAGUAUUAUUGCCAGUGUUUGGAAUAACCAGUGCUCUGGUUUUGUGUUAUUUUUUAGCAAGCCUUAUGUUACUGUAUCCUAAGCUAUUCUCAGCACCACCAUCUACUCAAAUCAAAACGUAUGUGAAGAUGACGUCAAUAGGAUAAUGGUGGUGCAGUUUGUAAACCCUUCCAUUUUACUUCAUUUUACCACAUGAAUGCCGUCUGACGUUUCCAGUUUUACCUCACCUUCUGACUAGAUGGCAGAGCAGUACAGCUUUCAGGGAGGACGUGUAUCUCUUUGUUGUGAAGUGAAACAUAACCCUCUAAUGAGUGUUUUGAAAAGGUCAAGAUGUAGAAAGCGUGCCAGUCAUUUGGUCUGCAACGGUUCUGUGACAUUCUUUAUUGAAACUAGUUCACUGUGAGUAUACUUUUAAAAUCAGAUUUAUCUCUGUCAGAAUUAAGAAUAUGAAAGACUUUCUGCCUUCAAUACGUUACGGGUAGGAUUUACCUCUGAGCUGAGAGAGCAGAUGCCUGUUACAGCCCAGUAAAUAUGAACCAGGAAGAACAACUAUAUUCCUGGAUGUGAUUUGCAUAGCUUUGUGUUUGACAGGGCACUUUCCUUGUAAAAUGUUAGCACUUGUGUCCUCAAUCAUUCCAAAUGCAAAUGGUUUUUAUGUAGCUGAUCAAGUUUGUACGAUUUUUGUCUUUUCCUUUCAUUUGUAAAUGCACUAAAGCCUUCGUCAAAGAGCACUACUCUUAAUUUUACAUUGACUGUGAGGCAAUUUUCUUGAACAACCAAUGUGUUUGGCCCAGCAGUGUUGAGUUGUUCUCUUGAUAAAAUACAGAAACUCUUUAUUGAUCUGAAUGAGUUACAAGCCAUAUUGAUUUGAGUAACAUGGGUGAAUACCAAACAUUCAAAACCUUGAAAUUCUAUCCACAAGUUAAUAAAAAACUACAGCUCUGUCAUAACAUUUACAUUUUUCAUGGAGUGUUUUAUUGAAGUAUUAUCCAG